AUGUCGGACACCAUUCGCGUAUCACGUGUGGUGUGCGACUUUUUGGUUCUGAGUGUUUGCGCGAUACCCUUACUGAUUUUCCACCUUUGGGUCACUCCGUAUAAGCGAGGAUUCUACUGUGAUGAUGAGACGAUACGUUAUCCUUAUCGUGAAUCAACCGUCUCGCGACAGAUGCUCAUUGUAAUUGGCCUUCUUGUGCCGACGGCAUUGGUUAUACAUUUGUCUAACAUCUUCAUCAUUAUCGCCACGGAACUGUUCAGGACGAUGGCUUGGGAGAAAAAGUGCGAGUCGCAGUUUAAAACAUAUCAUCUAAGGCACUAUUCAGUACAUCGCCUCGUUGUUCGCCUCUAUUGUUUUAUAGGCUACUUUUUCCUUGGUGUAUGCUUCAAUCAGCUAAUGGUUGAUAUUGCGAAGUAUACCAUUGGUCGCCAAAGACCACACUUCAUGGAUGUGUGCCGCCCUAGUGUCGGUUACUCAGAGUGCAAAAAUCCUGAUUUUUACAUUACUGACUUCACAUGUACUGGAACGGACAAGAAGCUGAUUCUAGAAUCACAACUCUCUUUCUACUCUGGUCACUCAGCGUUCAGUUUCUAUGCAGCAUGGUUCACCUCGCUAUAUCUACAAGCUCGGCUAUAUCGUCCGUUAUUCUCUCGUCUCCUUCUUCCAGUGAUCCAAUUCUCGUUGUUCGGAGGAGCUUCAUAUGUCGCUCUUACGCGGGUUUCGGACUAUAAACAUCAUUGGUCGGAUGUGCUCGUCGGUGCUCUCAUUGGUUCUAUAAUUGGUAUUUUCGUAGCACUCUACGUAGCUGAGGUGUUCAAGCGUCGUGAAAUUCCCCCGUGUGGACUGGGCUCAAACGAGUUUGGAUUGAUUAAGUUCGAGAAACACGCAGACGUUCUCCCUGCUGUGACCACCGCAACACAUUCAAUCACUGUGACAAACGAGCAAGAUCCUGCCGCGAACCAGCGACUGUAA